AUGACAUCAAAUCUUUUGGUAUGUGAGCUCAACGAUACUCCUUCAGUUUCCGAUGUUGAUGAGAAAAAUUAUUAUGAAAAAGUGAAUAAGAAUCAGUAUAUCUUUGAUGAAGAAUUCGGCUUUAUUGCCAGUGGAAAGAAGAAGAAAUCCUCGGAGAUUAUCCAAGAGAAGUUAGAAGAUGUGAGAGAUUAUCUAAAGCCGAGCGCUUUAUAUGGAUGGAUGCCGAUAUUGAAAUGGUUACCGAAAUAUAAUGUGAAAGAGAAUUUGAUUAAUGAUGUGAUUGGCGGGUUGACUGUUGGGAUCAUGCAUGUCCCACAAGGCAUGGCUUAUGCGAAUCUUGCUGGGAUGCGCCCAGAGAACGGCCUCUACACCUCGCUGAUACCUCCAUUCUUUUACAUGUGUUUUGGUACUUCGAGACACGUUUCAUUGGGUGUUUUUGCUGUGGUAAGCCUUAUGGUCGGUUCCUGUAAUCUUCGUCUCACUCAACUCCUCUUUGAGCAAAAAUUCUCGAAUUCAUCGAUGCCAAUCGAAGAAUCGCUUUUCGAGCAAAUCACUUACGAUAUUCGGGUAGAAAUCGUGACUAGUUUAGCGUUACUGGUAGGAAUUAUACAGAUUUUAUUGGGCUUUCUACGGUUAGACUUUUUGACGAGCUUUUUAUCUGAUCAGGUGAUCGCUGGUUUCACAACGGGUGCAGCGGUUCACGUUUUCACGGCUCAACUCAACAAAAUUCUUGGUGUCUCUUUGCCACGAGCGAGCGGAAUCGGAAAGCUUUUUCCUAUUUGGCUUCAACUUUUGUCGUCAAUUCGUUUCGGUGAGGCGAAUCUCUCAACUUUUCUCCUCUCUCUAUCAACGAUUUCUCUUCUUUUCAUCUUCAAAGACUAUCUCGAUCCGCUCAUCAAAAAAUUGCUUAAAACGAAGAUACCUAUACCUUAUGAUCUCUUUGUGAUAAUUUUCGGUACUAUAUUCUCGUAUUCUUUUGGAUUUCGGGAAAAGUUUUCGGUGAAAGUGAUUGGGAAGAUUCCGACUGGAUUUCCAAGCACUAGAGCGCCCAAUGGUUCUCUAUUUCCUCUGCUAUUUGCCGAUGCAAUGGCCAUAGCUGUUGUCGUUCUCGUAGUCACGAUUUCAAUGGGGAAACUCUUUGCGAAAAAGCACAACUACAAGAUUGAUACAAGACAAGAGUUCUACGCACUAGGCUUCAUGGAGUGUUUGAGCUCAUUGUUUCCCGUUUGGCCAAGUAGCACGGCAUUGGCAAGGACUUUAGUCUACGAGGCUGCUGGCACAAAAACCCAAUUGGCCACCGUUUUCUCGAGCCUUCUCCUACUGACAGUUAUCUUCUUUAUCGGACCAUUUCUAGAGGAAUUGCCAUUGUGUCUCUUAUCUUGUAUCAUCAUUGUGGCGUUGAAAGGGAUGUUCAUGCAAUUGAAACAGAUUCCCACCUUGUGGAGAGCCAAUAAAACUGAUGCGUUCGCUUUUCUGAUCUCCUUUAUCGGAACCGUUGUCUUUGAUGUGGUUGAGGGAUUGGCACUUGGAGUCAUUUUUGUGCUCGGUGUGCUCAUCAUGAAAAUACAAAGAGCUCGUCUUGUGGAACUCGGUCGAAUGUCACACAACAAGGACAAAACUUACUACAAACCUUCAAAGAACUACAGAGACGCUGUUGUUCCCGAUUUCACUCUUUGCCUUCACUUCUCGGCGCCGAUCAUUUUCACGAAUGCCGAAAGCUUUCGCAGUCAACUCAAUCAAAUGAUUGAUGGAAGUAUACGGAAUAAUAAUCAUGGUAAGCAUCUAUUAGAGCAAAAGAUGUCGAGAGAGAACUCGGAGCCAAUUCUGAGGAAUGCGGGAGUUAGCAUUGCCACCAGCGAGAGUCAGAAAAAUAUUCUUUCUUGUACGAACACAUUCAAAUCACGAAUCAAGCUUCCUAUUCAACGGGUUGUCAUCGAUCUUGUUGGGGUACCAUUCGUGGAUUUCACUGGAGCCAAUUCUUUGAUUGAAACAAUUCUCGAGAAAAAGAAGACAGGAGUGCUGCUCAUGUACUCUUCAGCAAACUUGGAGAUCCUGUCAACGCUGAGACAAGUGGAGAGUUUCGAGAAGCAUCACCUCUUCGCCCACUUCUUCCCUUCAAUAGAGGAUGCCCUGGACGCUGAAGAGAACGAGAAUCUUUAUUGUUCUUUAAAA